GUUAGUAGCAUAGCUAGUUUUCAUAUUUUGAACUAUAGGAGAACUAGUUGCCUUAUAAACCCUUUGGAGUGGAGAGAAUUGAGCAAUGUGGGACUCAAAAGUCCCUAGAAGACCUGCAGCAGCUGCUGGACGGACUACACCCUCAAAAGUCCCACAUCUCCUAGAUCUUGCAUCUUAGCUCACUCCAAAGGUUAUAUAAGAAGGCUUAGGGGUCUCCUUUUUGUACACCUUACCUUGAUUCAAUGAAUUUGAGUUGAUUUGCACUUUUGCAAUCCUCUUUGAGAUAGAAUUCUGUCUCUAAAGUCCCAAAUUUGGGCAGACCUUAUCUUGUUCAAGCAAGUGGCGGUCCUCCUCUUGAUGCUUAUCUUGGAAGCUUGUUCAAGUGGCGCAUCUUCAAUUCCUAAGUUUCCUUUUCCUUAAUCUCUUUCAUUUUUAAUUUCUUUCCCAUUCUCUUAAAUGUCAUUUAGUAUAUUCUCUCUAGGUAUGCACUUCCCCAUCAUGUGGUAUCAGAGCCUUAGGUUUUUGAUCUCUUAGGAAUUGCAUGCUAGAGUAGAAUAGCUUAGAUAUGUUCAUUUUCGCUGAACCAUUUUUCUGUCUCGCCCAGCCUUUGCGUGAAAAUACAGUGAACUUGUAUGAUUUAGUUUAGCUUCAUUUCUUGUCGGUUUUCCAUGAAAUUUUUUUCCUAGUUUCGUCUGGAUGUCUAGUUUCAUGAACAUAUUUUACUUUUCUCAAAUUCGUUCUGUACUGUUCCCAGUAAAUUUUUUUCUCCACUGUGUUCAUCCAGUUUUCUGCUGUUGAAUUAAUACUCCACUGUUUUGCUUUGUUGUUGGCUGUUUGGACAUUUUGGUGGCUGGAAUUGCUCCCUGGACGUUGCUACACCCUCUCAAUACUCUUAAGCAAGGAAUCAACACUUCAAAUCAAUGCUUUGAGGGACUAAACCGUGGCUGUCCAGAGCCUUGUGCAAGUAGACAUUUCAUCAAACAGCAACAAUGCUAUUGGAGGUCUUCAACAAUUUUCAUUCAUUCUUUGGCUUCUACCAUGUGCUGUCUUGAUUUGGCUUCUUUGCAUUGAGGGUGGAUUGUACAUCUUUCCAUUUGCUUUGGACUUGAGUUGGUGCUCUCAAAGUGGACUUGUGAGACAUUACUAUUUUGAAAGAAGAGUGCAUGUGAGUGGAGUGAUCUUGCUUUGUUUUGCCAUCAACACCGUGAGUUUUGAGCCUAAUUUUUUGGUGCUGCUGUGAGUGAACCUUGGCUGCUGUUUACUUCAGUUUUGCUGCUGUAUUUGGACUGUUUUCUAACCUAUUUUUUGUGUAAGUAUUGCUGCUGUUUGCCUUUAGAAAACCAUGUCUGCAGGUUCAAGACACUCUUCUUCCAUUGGAAGUAGUCAUCACGGAAGUGCUUCUAGCAAAUUUGAUUUGAUGAAGGCUUUUCAACAAAUGCAACAUCAACUUGACUCCAUUAGUAAACGGUUGGACAAGGACGCGAAAGCAAAAGGGGAGCAACCUCAUGGUCAUGAUCAUGGUUUCUACAAGAAGAAGCAAGAAGCUAGAACUGUAAAUGUAUACCUUCCUUCACCAAAGAAGCAUCAAGAAGAUAAAGCUAUGGACCAAGGCCUUACACUACCAAAGUUGAAUUUGCCUACUUUCAAAGGAGAAGCCGAGCCGUUUAUUUUUCUAGAUUGGAUAGCUAAAGUAGACCAAAUUUUUGAUUUGUAUAGUGUAAAUGGACCUUUGCGUGUAAAGUUAGCUUGUUUAGCUUUAGAGGGAUACGCCAAACAAUGGCUAAAUAGGAGAUACUUAACCAUGGCCUCACCCGCGAGUACAUGGGAACAUUGUAGGGACAUUUUGUACCAACAUUUCGUACCUCCAUACUACCAUAGGGACCUCUUGAUUAAGCUCCAACAGCUUACUCAAGGUAGACGAAGUGUGGAGGAGUAUGCUCGUGAGCUCGAAGUGCUCCUACAUCAUACUAACCUUAAAGAAAAUGAUCAUGCAAAAAUAGUUAGAUUUAUUAGUGGACUUAAUAGUAACAUCCAAGAUAUAAUUGAAUUCCAUGAUGAUGAGACUUUAGAUGUAGUGGUUCAUAGAACCAUGAAAGUAGAGAAGAAACUCUUGAAAAAAGAAGCUUGUCACAACAAAUUUUCCAAAUCUUCAAGAGAUAUUUUCUACAAAUCCUCAUCAUCAAAGGAUAAAACCAAGGAUGUUUCUAAGGAGCCCACUAACAAAUCGUUUCCUCAUUCUUCUUCUAACCAUUCCUCUUCCCCACCUAAAUCUCCUUCUAGACCAAGUCACAUUAAAUGUUUUAAAUGUUUAGGACAUGGACAUAUAGCCUCUGCCUGCCCCACCAAAAAGGCAACAUGCAUUGAGGGUGAAGUAAUUAUGACUAAUGAGUCUACCUCUUCCUUAACUUCACCAAACUAUAGCUCUUCUUCCUCAUCAAGUGAUGCCAAAGAGAAGGUCAUGCUUACUUGUUUAAAUGAAGAAAGAAAAGAAAGAGAGGAGAGAGUAAAAGAAGAGACUGAGAGAAAAGAAAGAGAGGAGAGAGAAAAGAAAGAAAAAGAAGAACUUGUGAGAGAAAUGGAGAAGGACAAAGUCUUAGUUAAAAAGGAAGUGUUACUGAAGGCACCAUCCACUCCCAUCAUUCAAAUAGAUCUACACCAUGACAGGGGAGUUUUUCAAUCCUUCUACUUUUCUCCUUUUACUAAGUUUUCUUUCUUUGUUCCAAAAAUAUUUUGCACAACUUUUUCACCUCCCUCUUUCCUUCUUUCCAACUAUUCCAUAAACAUUUGUGAAACAUAUCAUGAGUUAGUGUUACCCCUUUGGUUCCAUUCAACUCAAGACAAAAAUAAUUUUUUCUCUAAAAAUGGUCUCCUAGUUUUCACCACUAAAUGCAAUAAAAAUAUCAGGAGACUUUCUUUUACUAUUACUUGUUUAUAUACAUUGAUUAGUCAACAUAAAUUCAUUCACAAAAUGUUUAAUGAUUUUUGCAGGUUGACAUUUGAUCCAGGAGGAGUUGCUUUGGUUUAUACACGAAAUAAGUCACUAAUCUCUCUUUGUUGCAGGUUUUUCAAGAUUCGAGGUCGAAUCCUCACCAACCUGGGGGGGAUGAUAUGAUCAUACAUGGGGCAACAAUGAAGAGUUUUCAAAGUGACAGCAAGCAUAAAAAAGAGUAGAAUAGGUUUCCUUUGGGUGUGUAUUUGCCUUUUGAUUUCUUUCUCUUAGUUGUUGUGAAUAAAUUGCUUAUAAACUCUUCUUUCUCUUUAAGAGCAAGCAAUGUGGGACUAUCCAUGGCUUGAUCUUAAAAAGAAGAGAAGAGAAAGUGAGCAUUCUAGGCGUGUAGGAGUUAGUAGCAUAGCUAGUUUUCAUAUUUUGAACUAUAGGAGAACUAGUUGCCUUAUAAACCCUUUGGAGUGGAGAGAAUUGAGCAAUGUGGGACUCAAAAGUCCCUAGAAGACCUGCAGCAGCUGCUGGACGGACUACACCCUCAAAAGUCCCACAUCUCCUAGAUCUUGCAUCUUAGCUCACUCCAAAGGUUAUAUAAGAAGGCUUAGGGGUCUCCUUUUUGUACACCUUACCUUGAUUCAAUGAAUUUGAGUUGAUUUGCACUUUUGCAA